AUGCUACCCAAAGCUCGUGUUGUGUACUGUAGUGCAACUGGUGUGACAGAUGUAAAAAAUAUGGUAGGUGUAGAGUAAAGUAUUCUUUUAUAUAAUUGACAAUAACGUGAUUUUGACUGAGUGUCAGGAAACAGCAUGUUACUAUUAAAAGGUCUCCAAAGACGGAGAUUUGUGAACACGAUUAUGUCAUGCACCAUAAAAUUAUACUACUAGCAUUAUGCAUGCUCUGUAAGGGCUGCUAUCGUCUUUCCAUCGUUUUAGGGUUUUCAUGUGGACAGGUGAAAAGGAUUCAAAUACGAGUCAUGUAAACGACUUUUUUUCAUGAAAAUGGAGAAAAAAAUCCCCAUUUUCGAAAAUAUCCGGAUACGUCUGACAGGGUGUCGGGGUCAAAGUCAGUUGUAUCACCUCAGUUGAUGGUAUUAAACUCUGGUUCAAGGUACAUGAUUUCUAGGCAUUCAGUAAAAGAGCACAAAGACUCUUGUUGCAUGAAUAAUUGCUGAGAGAUUAAUAUGGCAACCAUGUCUAGAAGCCUUAGGUUUCUCACAAUGUUCCCAUUCAGUCCUAUGGUUAAUCAAUACAGUACACUGAUACAGUGAUUUGAUUAUUUUCAGGCGUUUAUGGAGAGACUUGGUUUAUGGGGAGAUGGAACAGCAUUUAAAUCGUUUGAUUCUUUUCUAGCCAGCAUAACUAAGAGAGGUCUUGGUAAGUGGUAUAGUUUUCAGCCUAGACUACGAGCAGUCUCUCUUUUUUCUUUAAUAGUCCGUUCAGCAAAACGCGCGAGACACGCAAAUGACCACGCGCAACACUCUCUCGCGCGCGUGCACUCCCCUCACUAAAUCUGAAGAAAAAGAGAGACUGCUUGCAGUCUAUUUUCAGCCCCAAUGAUCCACAUACAAAUUCUCUCGACUGAUCCCCCUACCUUUCCUUAAAGAAUUAGUUGAGAGAUUUUGGUGAUUAUUUUAUGAAUUCUCUAAACUUUUUCUUGUAAUGAUGUAUGGAUAUUUUUAGGAGAAAAUUGAUGUUAAUCACGUUUGGUACUCAGUGGGAUAAAGGGGUUAUAUCAUGAUGACUUCCAUAUUCUUGUCAAAGUUGAGCAGAAAUUGUAACUAAGUAUUCUCAGUCACAUUUUUCGAUACUUGGAACUCUAAAAGAAAGCUAUGAAAUGAUUCGGGUUCCGGCAAAUUACCCGAACCCUUAGCCUGAAAUAUGGGUAAACCACCUGUAACCGUGGAGAGAUGGCUAGCUAGGCUACUGGCUAGAACGGUGAUGCGCCAUGGUGAAGCUAGUACCACCUUUCGGAAAUCAUGGCCGCCUUUUAUAUAGCCUGAGCAGAGCUGUCAUUAAGAGGCGGGGGCCGGGGAUUUUCCCCGGCUAGCCUACUAUAAACGUGGCCCCCGGCUACUUUCAAAGGAAAAGAAAAGAAAAAGGAACCAAAAGAAAUCCCUAGCUGUUUGAUUCCCCGACUACGUGUUGUAUUUACCCUGCACCUUGAAAUCUUAGUGACAACCCUGAGCCUGUCCCAGGCUUUGAAAUAGUAGAUUGUGGUGCGAAGUUAGAGAACGGGAAAAAAAUAAGGAGAAAGAGAGAGAGAGGGAGAGAGGAAGGAAUUUCGCCCUCACUCCCUACCCCACCACUGGCUGUUUUUCCUGCUCACAUCUCCUUGCGUCGUCCUCACAAUCUGAACCCUGGAACAGGCUACCUUUUAUAUAACGUGGCAAACAUGCACGUUCGCUUUCACUUCUCCAUCGGCAGAAAUGAUGUAUUUUAAGGUCACUAAUAUUUAAAAUCUUUCCUAGGUGCUUCUGAAAUGUUAGCUAUGGAAAUGAAGGCAUCGGGGAUGUACGUUUCUAGAGGUCUUAGUUUCAGACAGGCUGAGGUAAUUCAUAAUUGUCGAAAUGGCAUCUUGAUUUUUCUGUUGUAACCACAAGUUUUUCUAUCAUCCUCAAAUAUAAGGCUUUUUUUUUUGCAAUGCUUAUUUCUUCACUUCUGUUCCUUUUUUGUUAACAAACUUUGAUAAUGCUUUUUUGUCGCAUUUCUGCAGUUUGUUAAUGUUGAGGCGACACUGACUGCACAACAGAUAAAGGUUUAUGACACUGCAGUUCACGUUUGG